UGCCCCUUCGAGGGGGUGGCCUGGACCCCGAGACCCCCCCAGGCCCCCCCGCAGGGUUGCUUCGCCUGCAUCGCCAAGCCCCCAGCUCUCCGGCAAGCUUCGCCCAUCCUGUCUCCUUCUUCUGCCGUUUAUCUCAUGGAGAGUAAGAGCUGCAAAGGAGACAGCCUGCGUCCAGCGGUCCCAUGCAAGCACUCAGUGGAGAAGAAGACCAUGACCAACCCCACCACCGUCAUCGAAAUCUACCCUGAUACCACCGAGGUGAAUGACUACUAUCUCUGGUCCAUCUUCAACUUCGUAUACCUCAACUUCUGCUGCCUCGGCUUCAUCGCCUUGGCCUAUUCAUUGAAAGUCCGGGAUAAGAAACUCCUCAAUGACUUAAAUGGAGCAGUUGAAGAUGCCAAGACAGCUCGGCUUUUUAACAUCACCAGCUCAGCCCUUGCCACCUUCUGUAUCAUUCUUAUCUUCAUCUUCCUGCGAUAUCCCCUCACUGACUACUAGAGUGAGGCCAACAACAGCAGCCGCCGCCAAAAUGCCUCUAUGCCAGAAGUGUCUGCAGUUGUUUCUUGUAGCAAGGACGUAAAAAAAAAAACAACAACCAAACCACUCCACCUUGAUUGCAAAAAAA